GUCGUGAACCGGGUGUUUGACUCGGAAGCUUCGUGUAGUAGGCGAGAGGGAAGAAAAUGAACGUCGGCUCCCUGCUCUCAAACACUAUUUAAAUAUCUUAAUAGCUAGCGUUGCUGGCGUGUAGCCUAUGCACUCACUUCCUAGUAAAAGCCGUAGAUCUGGAAACCUUCGUAACCUCGAAGGAAAACGGUCAACGUUGACGCUUCUGUCGAGUCUUCCAGCAUUCAGGCUCGCUUCGUUCCCUUCGCAGUGUCGCCUGAAUUAUGGAAAAUGCCAAAUCUCCCGAGGAAAAAGGAGCGCCCACACACUACACAAACGGCCUGGUGAACGGAUUUCAUCCGUCGCAGUCAGGCGCCGGGGGCUGCAAUGCUUGCAGUGCAAACGGAGGUGGUGGAGGAGGAGGAGGCGAUGACAGUGGCACCAACCGUGGCGGUGGCCAUAAUGGUAUCGAAAAUUGCCACCAUCUUCAUCAGGAUGUGCACAGCCAUGGCUCGCCUGCCAAACGUUGCAGACUUCGGAGACGAAUGGAUUCGGGGAAGAAGAACAGACCCCCCUUCCCCUGGUUCGGCAUGGACAUCGGCGGCACGCUGGUGAAGCUGGUGUACUUCGAGCCCAAGGACAUCACGGCAGAGGAGGAGCAAGAGGAGGUGGAGAGCCUGAAGAGCAUCCGCCGCUACCUGACAUCCAACGUGGCGUACGGCGACGCGGGCAUCCGCGACGUCCACCUCGAGCUGCGGAACCUGACCAUGUGCGGUCGCACGGGCAACCUGCACUUCAUCCGCUUCCCCACGCAUGACAUGCACAGCUUCAUCCAGAUGGGCCGCGACAAGAACUUCUCCAGCCUGCACACGACUCUGUGUGCCACUGGGGGCGGGGCCUACAAGUUCGAGGAGGACUUCAGGACGGUAGCUAAUCUGGAGCUGCGGAAGCUGGACGAACUGGACUGUCUGAUCCAGGGCCUGCUCUAUGUUGACUCAGUUGGUUUCAAUGGCCACCCAGAGUGCUACUUUUUCCAGAACCCCUCUGACCCUGAAAACUGUGUCAAGAGACCAUGUUGCCUUGACAACCCUUUUCCCAUGUUGCUGGUAAACAUUGGAUCGGGGGUUAGCAUCCUGGCAGUCUACUCCAAAGAUGACUACAAACGGGUCACGGGUACCAGUUUGGGAGGUGGAACAUUCCUUGGCCUGUGUUGCUUGCUGACUGGCUGCGAGACGUUUGAGGAGGCUUUGGAGAUGGCAGCAAAGGGUGACAGUACUAACGUCGACAAGCUGGUGAAGGACAUUUACGGCGGAGAUUACGAGCGCUUCGGUCUUCAAGGCUCGGCCGUGGCGUCCAGUUUUGGUCACAUGAUGAGCAAGGAGAAACGUGAUAGCAUCAGUAAGGAGGACUUGGCCAGAGCCACUCUGGUCACCAUCACAAACAACAUUGGCUCCAUCGCCCGCAUGUGUGCUGUGAAUGAGAAAAUCGAGAGAGUUGUUUUUGUUGGGAAUUUCCUGCGAAUCAACACGGUGUCGACAAAGCUGCUAGCCUACGCCAUGGACUUUUGGUCAAAAGGACAAUUGAAAGCGCUAUUUUUGGAACAUGAAGGUUAUUUUGGGGCUGUUGGUGCUUUCCUAAAGCUAUUGAAGAUGACCGAAGACCUCUGAGGCGUUUAAGGGACUUGGAAACUGUCCACCCAAAAGCUGCUUUGAGAUAUCAGGAAAACCUCCUCCCAUAAGAAGGAAGAGAUGCACCGAUUGUGUCAGAUGUUUAGGAUGACGCCCACAUCCUCCUUCCCUGCUCGCAAGCGUAAUGCCAGCCUGAUCAUGAUACAUGAAAUGGGUUUGGAGAUUCGUGUGUAUUUGCCACUAAUAAGGAAGCCUCUCGAGGUACAGUCUACUGUAAAACCAAAACAUUUGUGAUCGUAGACCAUGUCCUACAAGCCAAAUUCUACUGAUUUUUAGACUUAAUGUCAUAUUUCUCCAAGUCAGUUUUUGUGUAGUGUGUUUUAAAUGAAUGGCCUGGAACAUGACUUAGAAGUAUAAGAUUCAGUCUGGUAUACAGAAUUGUCUCUGUUCUAAGUCAGGGCUCUAAUGUAUUAUCUGUUAUUAAUAUGCAAAAAAUAUCCUUUGUGACUAUGUAGGAAAAAAAAAGGUUUCUGUGAGAUUUUGGCCGGUUUUCGUCUGUUUUUUUUUAAAAAGCCCAAUAAGUAAAAUUCAUACAUGAGACUUAACAUCACUGGAGUUGCUCCCAGUUUACACAUUGUGAAAACCACAUGGCCAAACAUUUGAAUACCAGUUAACCCAUCAUAUGCAACGAUGAAGGUGAUUCCAACACUAAAAUGUAAGCAUUACUAUUACCACCCAGUACCCACAAUACCCUUCACACUUAGCUCAGCACUGUGGUCAUGAGACAUGGACUUCACCCUCAUCUUACAGUACAGGGAAAAGUCUCAAUGUUUUAUUUAUUGGGCUUUAAAACUUAACUUUGGAAAAUGACGCUUCAUAAAUCAGAAACGGCUUGUACAGUUUACAGUAUUAGUCAAUACAAGUUGAACAGAUGGAGAGACCUGUAUCUCUUUAUUAAUUUAUUUUUUUCUCUUUGCCCUAUUUCUCUGUGGGUGUGGGUUGUGGGAGGCGAGUCCAUCAUCUGCCAAAUAUUAGUGUGUUAACCCAAAUUGAGACUUUGAGACCAGGUUGGGGACCAAGCUUUCAGUAUUUACUGAACUACAGUUAAUUGGAUUGUUCGACUAAUAUUAGAGUGCUGAUUCAUUUCUUGUGAGGUAGAUGGUAUGCAUCAGUUCUGGUAGUGUCCCAUGGUCUGAAUAAUGAGCCAUUCGCUGAAUGAGCCACUCCGCUCACACGACCAUUUCCUUUUUACCUUUGAGAUGGACUUACACUGUAACAUAUGUUUUGUUUUUUUAUUUGAUUAUAUAUUUAAUCCAUAUUUUGCAGAUUGUAUCAUUUUAUUGAUUUAUAUUUGUGGCAUUACAUUCUAUCUGUGGUAUCGUAGCUUCACUUGAACCUGCAGAUGGAGCCUGUAAAUGUGUCUCCUGCCUUGUCUUCUGUUUUUUCCUACAAAUGCCUUCAUGGUCAUUUUGUCACGUCUCAUGUACUACUCUGAGAGAAGCCCGGCAUCAUGUCCCUUUAAAACAACAACGUCUACUUUUUUACGUUCUUUCUUCAAAGCCACAUACAGAGAGGAGAGUAGGCCUCUGCCAGUCUGGACAUGUCCCUGCAUACUCCUGCCUGCGAGUUUUGAAACUGUGAGGUGUGUGUUAAGGGUGGAGAAUCCCAUCUAACUGAAGGGGAGGAGUUGAGCCUGUUGAUCUGGAAGAGAUUACAGGCCAGGGUAAACAUGCCCUGCAAGUAGGACACUGAAAAAUCCAGAAAAUGUGGAAUUUCCAGUCAUUAAGACAUUGGGUUCUUGAACCUAAUGUCCUUCCCAGGACUGUCUCCAUUUCAGAAUUAGCCCAGAAUGUGGUGAAACUUUAAAACUACCUCCCUGUGUGUGCAGAAUUUUAACACUGCAUUGCUGGUCUAUGCGUUUUUACCCAUCUGACUUGAUGUACUGACUUGGUGUUUUAGGCAAAUUUACAGCUGGAAAUCAAACUAUUCAUUGUGAAUUUAGUCACUAGGAAUAUUCUAAUAUGAGAGCAAAUUCCUUUUGGAAAUAAUUAGAGGUUCCUUUACCUGUAGUUCAUCAGCAGCUGUCAUCAAUCACAUGGUUAUUUCUAUUAAAAAUCUUUCAUACUGUGUUAUGCGUAUGCUCUCAGACCUGUAUCAUAUUGAAAGCACUUGGGUUCCACACGCGGUUUGAUGCCACUUGGACACAAGUGCUCCCUGUCACAUAUGGGGUCUUGUAACCACGCGUGAUGCGUGAUUUCCCUCUUCAUGCUACUGUUUCCAGCUUCUCAGGCUUCGGAAUUGCCUUAUGCAGUCGGUCACCCUUUUGACUCGAGUACCUGCAUGUGCACAGUGGCAGAGUCUAGCGCCACUCUGAGCCACUACUGCAACUCUCGUGUGCGACGGCGUGCCUUUCGCUGACGAAGACCAGACUUUUGACCUGUAUGUUUCAUUAUGUUCUCAUGUUACACCCGGAAGUCACCGAUAUUGCUAAAAAAAAAACAACAAAACAAAAAAAACCCUGUUGGUUCUGAAACAUGCUGAAUUAAACUGGUCUGUUUGUAUUUGUUUUUCUGUUGUUUUGGAUUGUUUUUUUGAAUGCAUGUGUUGGUGCAUACUGUCCUCAGCUCUGAGCCACUGCAGACAAUAAUUACUGCAAUAAGACUAACCAGUGUGGGACAAGUAAAGACACUCCAGGCCUCCCCAUUAAUGUUGAAUAUGUGCUUUCUGCCAGGUCCCUGUCUGCUUACUGCAUGAAUGCUGGGUAGCAGCAUUCUGUGCUCAACAACGCUCUCUUUCAUUCAUUUAUUUAUUUAUUUUUUUCCUUUUUGUUAAUCAAAGAGUCUGAUUUAUGUUUUUUCUGAUCGGCCAGUUUAGUUAUACCUUAUGCAUGUUCGCUUACCACACUUGAAAGAUUCUUACAUUAAAUGUUCUCUCAGCCUGCACUUGUUUUUAAUAAUACACUUUCAUCAUUUGCAUUACUAGUCAUGAAUGUCAUAUUAAUCAUGUGUGUUCAUGUGCUUGGCCUCAGAUGUGUUCCAUGUUUAGCCAGAUUUGAGUUCCGCCACUAACAGGAUGUUACUGUACAGUAUUGUCAUUCCAGCACUGUGCUGACAGUAUCACUACAGCAAUGUGUUUUGUGUUUACAUGCUGUAAAGGUCCGUGACUUAUUUAUGUCCUGAUUGGAAUGAUGAGCUCAUUCCAGCCUGCUCUGAAAAUCAUGACAACCUUUUUUUCCCCUCUGUUGUCAAUAAAUCUUGUGAAUACAUAUUAAAUGUGAUUAAUUAUG